AUGAGUGGUCGAUUUAUUCGCUCCUCAUUACUAUUAGGCAUUUUUCUGAUAAUUGGAUGUGCAAAUGUUUUUUACGUAUUAUAUCUGGGCGAACAUAAAGUUAUUCUACUCGUUGAUCCUCAAGAAAAAGAAAAUAAUAAUAGUCUAUUGAAAGAUAUAGAAAAUCUGCAUUGGACAAUAUCACAGGAAUCAUUCACUUUGAAACGAUCACGUUUUGCAUUACGACUGUUAAAAUUUCUAAUGAAAAAUGCUUCACCGGGAGAAACAUGGAUAUGGACACCAACCAACGAAUAUCCAUCAACACCCUAUCAACCAACAGUGAUUGAAAACGAACCACCACCACCUGAGAAAGACACAUCAUUCCAAUUACCACCUCAAUGUAUUAAAGAUGAAAUUUCUCGUGUAUGCAAAAUAUUAACAAAUGCCGAUUCAAGUAUUGGGGAAGAAUGGUGUAAAUUGUUUUCAAAAUGUUAUCCGAAUACAUUAGAAACGACAACAACUAUGUUGAAUGAUGGUACAACGUAUAUUAUUACGGGUGAUAUUGACUUAAUGUGGCUGAGAGAUUCAAGUGCACAGGUUACUCAAUAUUUACCAUUAGCGAAAGAAAAAGAUAUUCAGCGAAUAAUUGAAGGCCUUAUUAAGCGACAAUCAAUAUUUAUUACAAAAGAUCCGUAUGGUAGUUCAUUUCGAACGAAACUUCGACCAAAUCCUCCGUCUGACGAUGACCUCAAAGCGGGGCAUACGCAGAAAGGACGUAAUAUUUAUAAAUGGUGGAAAACUAGUGGACGUACAACAAUAUUUACAAAAGAAUGGUUACAAGUGGUAAAAAUUAUUGUUAAUUUGUUCACCAUUGAACAAUAUCACAGUGAAUUAUCUCCGUACAGGUAUACAGAACUCAGCAAUGAUCAUAAGGGUACUCAAGUAGCGUAUACCGGUAUGAUAUGGUCUGGAUUUCGUCCCAGCGACGAACAAACAGCUUAUGGUUACUUAAUACCAAGCAAUAUGUUUGCUGCAGUUUCCUUGGAAAAUCUUGAAGAAAUUUUAACAACUAUUUUUUAUUCAAAAGAGGAAGAUUUAAUUAAACAGAUAAAACAAUUGAUAAAAGAUAUUCACAAAGGUAUAUAUGAAUUUGGUACAGUAUAUAAUAAAAAAUAUGGAAAAAUAUAUGCCUAUGAAGUAAACGGAUACGGCAAUCAUACUCUAAUGGAUGAUGCGAAUAUACCGUCUUUACUUUCCAUACCGUACUUACAAUAUCAUUCACCAUAUGAUGCUAAAGGUGAAAUAGUUCAAAAUACACGAAAUUUUAUAUUAAGUUACGAUAAUGUUUAUUAUUAUGAAGGGUUAUUCGGAAAAGGUAUCGGCAGUUCUCACACAGAUAUCGGUAUGAUCUGGCAUUUGGCAGUCAUUAUGGAAGGUUUAACAACGAACGACUCAGAUAGUGUACACAAUGUUUUCAGCAUACUUGAAAAAUCACAUGCCAAUAGCUAUCAGAUGCAUGAAAGCUUUCAUGUAAAUAAUACCUUCACGUUUACACGCUCAUGUAAAAUACGUCUUGUUCAAAAGUUAUGUACAUUUGAAUUUAUAUCGGCACCCAUCAGUGAAAGUUGA